AUGUCAACUCACGGCGCCCUCCUCGUUUUCGGCAGCGGUCCAGGCAUUGGCCGCAAUGUCGCCGCCCUCUUCGCAGAACGCGGCUUCUCCAAGGUUGUCCUUUUAUCCAGAAACACAGAUCGUCUGAAAGAAGAUGUCGACUUCGUCAAGUCGAAAGCGUCGAGCGCUGAAGUUAUCACCGUCAAGAUCGAUCUGGCAAGCCCCGAUGCUGUCCGCAAGGCUCUUGACGAAGUUGACGAUCGCCUCGGGAACGACCCAGUGGAAGCCGUGCUAUACAAUGCAGCUCGCGUCGGCAAGAGCGAAAUGUUGAGGUUCCCAGCUGAGGACCUUCAGCAGGAUCUGCAGAUCGCCGUCAUCAGCCUAUACAUCGUGGCCCAAUGGGCUGUUCCCAAGCUCCUCGAUACAGCGAAAUCCAGUAGCUACCACGUCCCCGCCUUCCUCGUGACAAGCGGCGGUCUCUACAAGAACCCAUUCCCAAACCUCUUCUCCCUCUCAACUGGCAAAGCAGGGCAGUACAAUCUCGUGCACUCGAUGCAUAAAGAAUUCCAGCCUCAGGGCGUGCACUGCGCUCUUAUCGUGGUGGAGGGUUUCGUCAAAGAUGAUGCGAAAGUCACCACGGCGAGGCAUAUUGCGGAGAAGACGUGGGAGCUGUAUGAGCAGCCGAAAGAGAAGGGAGAUUUAGACGUGCAUAUCACUGACCCGGAUUAUGCCAAGGCGAUGGGCAUCAGGAAUGCCGGUGGAAGUUGA